AUGAAGCUCACGAUCUUCUCCCUCCUCCUGGUUGGUGCCGCCGUCGCGGCUCCAGCCGAGCCUACCUGGAAAUAUACCAGCAGGGAUUUCAACGAUACCAACGCGACCGUCCCCCAUACCCCUCGCAUGCAUGCUCGAGAUUCUGGCCAUGCCAAUCUGCCCAGGCUGCCCUUCUGGAAUCGGCAGUUCCGCAACAACACGGCGAACCCCAACGGCAACGUUGCUCGUAAUACCAACUUGACAUUGCCCGUCACGGUUACCCUGAAGGAGCGUAGCAAGGAGCUGUCGACCAAGAGGGAAGCCGACUUCCCCAAGUUCGGCGCUUACUAG